CAGUUCUAAUGGGUUAAGAAGAAGAUCGUGGGGCCGUGUUUGCAAACAUUGGGGACAAUGUUUAAGAAUAGCGGAAUUAUGCAACUCUGAAGGUAAUAACCGGAUAAAAGAGGCACGCAAUAAAUCAAGUUAGCGACGAUCGAUGGCAAGUGCUUCACUAUAAAAGCAACAACUCUGUUCAAACUAGUCUUACUUGGUGCUGAUCAGCACUGAGAAAAAUAACAGGGUUGCCUGAUUGCUAUUAAUUAUCAUGUGCGGCAAAUUAGUUUCGGCUGCAGACAUAUAAAAUCACCUAAACGAGAAUCUCUUAUUUUUUUCACUUUUCUAUCGCAAGACAUUUGACAAGUGUAAAGUUAAUAAAACAUCAUGUUGAAUAUAUACCAGGCACUGCUCACGUUCUACACCUUUCUUUUCUCUCCGUUGAUCAUCUUGUUGUUAACGUGCUCGUACGUCUGUCGUCGAAUCGUAGAGAUCGUCUUGAGGAUACAACUGAGAGACAAGUUCGCUGGACUUCUCGAUGGAACCGACUGCGUUUGGGCUGUGGAACAACCGACGUCACUCUCUGUAAAUAAUAUCCUUAUGAUUUUAGAGAAAGACGCUCGCCAUUCGAACGUGAAUUUCCUGGAGAGUUUCCGCGAUUUGGCGAAGAAUCGUAUAGUGUGCUCGCCGUUUGGGAAGCUGUUGUACAAGAGGAGACGAAAGUUCGGCUAUCAUUUCUGGGAGAGGAGCGAGGAGAUAGAUCUGAAGGAACGGGUCAGAUGGUUGGAAUAUGAGCGGGGGAACUGCGACGGAUCCUGCGACAGUAUCUACAACGGUCACUUGAAAAGGAUUUUGUGGAACGUUUGCAAUCAGCCACUGCCGGAGAAUCACGCGGCGUCUUGGGAAAUUUUGAUCGGGAAAUGCUGUCCCAGGUCGAGUCAUCAUUAUCUCCGACGAAUGGAGGAACGUUUGACGAGUAAAAUCAGGAUUCCCAUUUUAUUCCGUGUCCAUCACUCCUUAGGCGAUGGCAUGGCUCUCCUCAAGUUCUUCAGGGACGUUGUCAUCGACAAAGAACCGGUACCAGAAACGAUGCUGCAGCUGGAGCACACAAGUUUUAGAAUAAAGAGCGACAAAACGAAGAAACCGCACGCGACGGCGUCUUUGAUAAGUCCUGUGAAUCUUUGCUUAAACAGGAAUAACAGCCUAAUAGAUAAUGGUCCGUUUCAAAAGGACGUUGUGUCAGCGAUAAUGCCGUUCAUUCAUCUGACGGUGUUCUCGCAUUUCGUUCAAUUAAUAAGAGGCCACUUCAACGAGGGGCUGAAGUUUCUGAAAAAUGUUAGCUUAGAAGAUUUAAGACACGAAACGAAACUAUUCUUGGCGAUGGAACGAGACAGAAUAAAUAUUUUUGUUAGAGAAAUUGUUUGGAGGAAGGUACAGAGUUAUUUCAAAAUAGCGAGGAUUAUCAUAGAUACACCUAGUUGUUUGAUUCAACAAGCUUUUCGUAGCAUGGACAAAAGCGCACUCCAUGGAGCAGAACUGUCGGGUGAAAAGUUGGUUUCAUACUGGCUUGAAGACGAUUUCAAAAACACUUGCGGUCAAAAGCUAUUUACAAAGAUUCAGAACAUAAGGAGUAUUACAGGCGCCAGGUUCGGGGACGUAGUUUUAGCUGCUUUAUCCGUUAGUCUUCACAAGUACUUUCUUCGCAUGAACGAGCCGGUUCCAACGAAAAUAAGCGUCGUUCUGCCGAUGAAGAUCGAGGAAUGGAGCGAGAACCUUUCCCUUCAGAAUAAUUUUUCAGUUGGCAUACUGCCGCUCUGUAUAUCGCGGAUAAACGACAAACAGCUCGCGGAUCCGCGAGAAAAUUCUCAAAUUCUCGAACGCCUCGAUGACAUUAAAAAAGCAAGCGACGCGCUUAGAAAAAGUCCUGAUUACAGAGUGAAUUUCUUAGUGAUGAAGUACCUCUCAGCUGUGUUGCCCGAUAAAUUUUUACGUCCGAUCUUUCGCAGUUACAGCACGAUGGUGUUUAGCAAUUUAGUUGGCCCCCAAGAAGUGAAACUUAUGGGGCAUCCUUUGAAGAAUAUCGUUUUUUGGAUACCAAAUAGAAGUUACACAGGGAUUGGAUGUUCGUUGUUGACUUACAGAGGAUAUUUGCACCUGUCUCUGAUAGCUGACAAAGCCUUGGUGCAAAACGAAAAGGCUCUUACGAGGAUCUUGGAAAAUACUGUAAAUGAAAUAGACAAUCUUUACGACAGAUUGACCUUGUCAUUUUUUUCGAAAAAGCUUCAUAGGAGUAUAUCAACACCCACGAAGAAAGCAAUCGGUGUGUUGUAAAAUACGGUGAAGGACUUUCGUUAACUUUUUAGUUUGCUGGCAGUAUUUUACCAUUGUAUUCUAUCAU